AUGGCGUCCUCCUCCGAUGAGCAGCCCAAGCCGCCCGAGCCUCCCGCGGCGGCCGUCGCCACGGCCGUGCCGCCGCAGACGCACGCGGAGUGGGCCGCUAGCGUGCAGGCGUUCUACGCCGCCGCUGGGCACCCCUACGCCGCCUGGCCCGCGCAGCACCUGAUGGCAGCGGCGGCCUCAGGGGCGCCGUACGGCGCGCCGGUGCCGUUUCCCAUGUACCACCCGGGGGCCGCGAUGGCGUACUACGCGCAAGCCUCCAUGGCAGCGGGUGUUCCUUACCCGACCGCUGAAGCCGUGGCCGCGGCACCAGCUGUGGCGGAAGGGAAGGGCAAGGGUAAGGGUGGUGGCGUGUCGCCUGAGAAGGGCAGCUCUGCCGCGCCCUCUGGUGACGAUGGUUCCCGGAGCUGUGACAGUGGCAGCGACGACUCUUCAGAUACCAGAGAUUAUGACACUGACCAUAAGGAUUCUUCUGCGGCUAAGAAGAGGAAAUCUGGUAAUACGUCGGCAGAAGGUGAACCGUCUCAAACUGCUGUUGUGACAUAUGCUGCCGAAUCACCAUACCAGUUGAAGGCGAGGUCUGCCUCAAAGCUUCCUGUUUCUGCUCCUGGGCGGGCAGCGCUUCCCAACGCCACGCCAAAUCUGAACAUAGGGAUUGAUCUUUGGAGUGCUUCUCAACCCGUAGCUGUGCUCCCGGGGCAGGGGGAAGCGAGUCCUGGGUUGGCGCUUGCCCGAUGUGAUGGCGUUGGUCAGCUGGAUGAGCGUGAAAUUAAGAGAGAGAGGCGAAAACAAUCUAACAGGGAGUCUGCAAGGAGAUCAAGGUUACGCAAGCAGCAAGAGUGCGAGGAAUUAUCCCGGAAGGUAGCUGAGCUGACUACAGAAAACAAUGCCCUCAGAACUGAGCUUGACCAGCUUAAGAAGGCCUGCGAAGAUAUGGAGGCACAGAAUACCCGACUGAUGGGUGAAAUGAUCCAAUCCCAGGAACCUGCUGCUGUCACAACCACACUGGGCAUGAGCAUUGAAGCACCAAAGGUGAAGCAGCACGAGGACGAGGGCAAGCUUCAUAAGAAGUCCAAUAAUAACAGCAAUGGGAAGUAUGUAGGCGGCAGCCGCAAACCUGAGGCUAACUCUAGGUGAGAGACGGCAAAGACAGAGGAAGUUACAGAGAUGAGAUGAGGUGUUCCUUUAUCUAACCACAACACCCAUCAUCGAUUCAGUGUGGUUUUAGCAAAGAAAUGUUGUUUUAGUCCUCUUCUCACAGCUCACCGGGGCCCCUGUAGAGCUGCCCCCAUCGCAGCCAUGUAUUAUUUAUGGCUCGUUGCCGAGAAGAAUGUGUUUUUUCCGUUGUUUGUGUGCACCUCUGUGUUUUGUGUAAACUGAUUGGUGUAGCUAUUUGUAACAAACUACCUAGAGCUUAGAGUUUUUAUGUUUGCUAACUUUGGAUGAGCGAUGUAACCUGCCAAUUCGAUGGCCUGAUGUUCAGUUGAUGAAAUGCGUAACAAAUAAUCUUAGCAAUUCAAUCUCACCUCGUUGGCAUAA